AUGGUUUGUUGCAUCCAGGCUCUGCUGAUGUUGGGAGUUCAGCUGGCUCUCACAAACUGGGCCCUAGCUGUCCCCAGUACCCCGACACGCUUCUUCUACCAUGACUACCUCAACGGAAAAGGCAAAAUUAAUUUCAACGGUGAGAAGCUCCAUGUGGACUCUGCUCAGCCAUCUGUGUUUGCAGUCAGAGGGGGUAAUGCCACUCUGCCAUGCAGGUUUUGGUAUGAGCCUGAACUUAACUCUUCAAGAGAGGUCCGAGUCAAGUGGUCCUGGUACCCUGUUAUUGGAGAACAUGAGACAGAUGUGCUGGUGGUUAUUGGGUCCCGCAGUCGAAGCUUUGGAGACUUCAGAGGUCGAGUUCAGCUCAGGCAGGACUUCCCAGGAGACGCUACACUCAUGAUGACGGAACUCCAGCUGAACGAUUCAGGACGUUACAUCUGUGAGGUGGUAGACGGACUGGAGGACAAGAGCACGUCGGUCAAGCUGGAAUUACGAGGUGUGGUGUUUCCCUACCAGCACCCUCGUGGACGUUACCACCUGAGCUUCCUGGGUGCCCAGCAGGCCUGUGAGGAGCAGGACUCUACACUCGCUACCUUCACUCAGCUCUUCCAGUCCUGGAAAGAAGGCCUGAACUGGUGCAACGCAGGCUGGUUGGCUGAUGGGACGGUCCAGUACCCCAUCACCCGGCCCAGAAUGCCUUGUGGAGGACACGGCCUCGCUCCAGGAGUCCGGAGCUACGGCAGACGAGAGCUGCACCUUCAUCGCUAUGAUGUCUUCUGUUUCUCCUCCGCACUGCCAGGAAAGGUCUACUAUCUUCAGCCCUCUAACAAGAUGAACUUGACAGAGGCUCGGCAGGCCUGUGUGGAGAAUGGAGCAGAUAUUGCCAAAGUUGGACAGCUCUUUUCUGCUUGGAAAUUCUCGGGGCUGGAUCACUGCGAUGCUGGCUGGCUGGCUGACGGAAGUGUUCGGUAUCCUAUCACCAGACCAAGACGAAACUGCGGUCCCUCUGAGCCGGGGGUGCGCAGCUUUGGCUUUCCACCUCCUCAGCACAAGCAUGGCGUCUACUGCUACAAGGCAGAAGAUUAA